AUGAACGAAAACGCGCCGCAAACGGAUCGCGAACCGACCCAAAUCCACCAAAAUUUAUUACAACGCGUAUUCGAGCACGUUCUGAGCCACAACGAAAUAGAAUUAGACCUCCCGGCCCUCUACAACGUCCUCUUCCAAUGCCUCAAAGUCCGCCGAAACUGCCUCACCCCGCUCCAAUACGACACCAUCCCCUACCUCCUCCUCCACACGCUCAACGACUGGCCGGGCUGGAAGAAGCUCCACCAGCGCCCGCAGAAAGAGGCCAAAGUCUCCUACGAGCACUUCAAGGAGUUCGUGAUAUUCCGGAUAAACUACAUACUGAACUGCGACUACCAGAAGGCCUUGUACUUGCUGGACAAACAACACGACGACGCCAAAGAAUCGACAAUCACCAUCGAUUGCUCGACACAAACUAACCCGAGCCUACGACCGUCCACCGCACCUUUUUACUUGGUAGUAAAAGGCCCCGCCAGGCUGUUGAACACGUUGAUAUUCACCAACAACGAUCGAUCGGCUCGAAAUUCGGUGGUGAUGCAAGAGUACCGAACGCACGCCAACUGGAACCAAGUCCUGCACAUGGAAUGCUUCCUGAAUUUGCCCUUCGUCGAAGUGGAAUUCCAGUCGCCGCAUCUCCACUUCAAAACCACCAACGCCACCGCGUUCGAGCGAUUCGUCACGUUGAAUCUGGCCUCCGUCAGUCCGCCCGACAGCCAUAACAUCGUCGAAGAAAUCAACGUUAUCAAUCGCAGGAUGGAGCGGACGGCUUACACGUUGAGGGCCUUUCGGACUUACUGCGACAAGUACAUCGAUUCGUUGAAACAAAACGAGGUGUAUUUCGCAGUGCAUAUUGCCAUCGAGAUACUGUUGAACAAUUUCGUGGCGGAUAUCGAGAGAAUGAACAAGAACAGUUUGGCUACCAAUACGAGCGUAUUGUUCAAGUUGAGCGAACAAACUUUUUACAGAAACAGGAGCACUAAAACGAGCAAUAACUGCGAAAAUGUAGUGCAUUUUCUGGAAUACGUCACGCCCAAAAUAAGAUUAUCUUUAUACAAAUUCACGGGAAUCGUAAACGGAAAAUUGGCCCCUUUCGAUAAGGAAACCGACCAUUCGAUAACAUACAGGUGUACUCAUUGUAAAAUAACCUACAAACGACUCCACCUGUUACGCAGCCACUUCAAAACGUUCCACGUAGUCGAACAGUCACUAAUUUGCCUGAAAUGCAAAGAAGACCUGGCGUUCGAUGAUUUAAUGCAGAACCGGUGGUUCCACCGAUGCGCCGACUAA